AACACAGUCACUUCCUUCACCAGUCGCACUGCUUCAUUCGUGUCGACUGCCCAGAGUCCACGAACACAGCCCUGCACCUCUGAGCAGCCCCACAAACUGAACCUGACCACAGAGCAAAACAACACAUCUGCAGCUCAGCAGUAACAGUGCUACAUUCCAGGGCCUCCUUCUGUUCAGACAUGUCGCUCUACAGUUUUGGACUGGAGCCACUCUCCUGCCACUCCUGGAACAAAGACAGAACCCAGAUUGCAGUGAGUCCUAACAACAAUGUGGUGGACAUCUAUGAAAAGAAAGGCAAUGAAUGGGCCAAGAUCCACGAGCUGACUGAGCACAGUGGGCGGAUCACAGGCAUUGACUGGGCCCCAGAAUCCAACCGCAUUGUGACAUGUGCCUCUGACCGCAACGCCUACGUGUGGACCCUAAAGGACGGCGUGUGGAAGCCCACCCUGGUGCUGGUGCGCAUCAACCGUGCAGCCACCUGUGUGAGGUGGUCCCCGCUGGAGAACAAGUUCGCCCUGGGCAGCGGAGCGCGCCUCAUCUCCGUCUGCUACUUCGAGAAGGAGAACGACUGGUGGCUGAGUAAGCAUAUCAAGAAGUCCAUUCGCUCCACAGUCCUGAGUCUGGACUGGCACCCCAACAACAUCCUGCUGGCUGCUGGCUCUGCAGACUUCCACUGCAGGGUGUUGUCAACCUACAUCAAGGACAUUGAGGACAAGCCUGGGCCCACUGCCUGGGGGGCCAAGAUGCCGUUUGGAGAGGUGCUGUUAGAGCAUAAGGACUGUGGAGGCUGGGUGCAUGGCGUCACCUUCUCCCCCAGCGGAGACCAGCUGGCCUGGACGGCCCACAACAGCAGCAUCACUGUGGCUGAUGCCACCCAGGGGAAAGAGAUUACCAUGCUAACCAACAACCGUCUGCCCCUGCUGGAUGUCCUGUACGUCAGCCCCACGGAGCUAGUUGCUGCGGGUCAUGACUGUUGCCCCUACCAGUUCAGCUAUAAGGGUCCAGGUGCUCUGGAGUUUGUGAAGAAGCUGGACAUCCCCAAGCAGUCCUCCAAAGGCAGCCUGACAGCCAUGCAGCACUUCCAGAACCUGGACAAGAGGGCCACUGACGACGACACCAACGAAGUGGGGACCCUUCACCAGAACAGCAUCACACAGCUGUGUGUUGUGUCUGGGGAGAAAGCCAAAGUGGAGAAAUACAGCAGUGUGGGUCUGGAUGGAGCCAUGGUGAUCUGGGAUUUUAAGCACUAAGACCCCCCAGAGCCGUCCUGCAGGAGACCCACACUCAACUGACCAUCACACGGCUGAAUAUAACUACAGUAGAGAUGCCUUUGAGAAACUGGAAAACACUAUAAGCACAUUUGUUUGUGAUAUUUGAGUAAAUAAAGAGUGUACAGGUCAGACAAUGAA